AUGAUCUCUCCGGGUUCUCCGGCUUCCUCCAACCACCUAAAUAUGCUCCCUAGGUUAACUGGUGACUCUAAAUUGCCCAUAGGUGUGACUGUCGGCUGGGAAAAACACAUCCAAACUUUGUGUCCCAUAAGUAAUGGGUCAUUUACCACCCUUCUGUAUAUUUUUCCUGUUCCUAGAUUGCGUCUAUUGGAUGUUACAGAAAACCCUCUUACCUGUACCUGUGGCAACGCCUGGUUCAAGACUUGGGCUGUCAACAACAAAUACACACAGGUGUCCGAGCUGUACAACAUGCAAUGCGAUGACAACAGGAGAUCUCCCUACCUGUGGCAGUUUGAUGAUAAAGCCUGCUCCUACAACCAGGUGUCCUUCAUUCUCUUCAUCCUCUGCUCUGUCUUUGAUGUGUUGGGAGCAGCAGGGGCCAAAUUCCAGUAUGAUGCCUUCAUCUCCUACAGCUCCAAGGAUGAGGCCUGGGUGAUGGGACAGCUGGUGCCCAAUCUAGAGAGGCCAGCUAUGGGGGAAAAGAGGCUCCGACUGUGCCUCCACCACAGAGACUUCCGUCCUGGUGCCGCUGUGCUCGAGAACAUCGAAGCUGCCAUUUACAGCUCUCGCCACACAAUCUGCGUGGUGACACGACACUUCCUGCGGAGCGAGUGGUGCUCCAUUGAGUUUCAGCUGGCCAGUCUGAGGCUUUUAUUUGACGGCAGUGACGUCCUGCUGCUGGUGUUUCUGGAGGAGAUCCCAGAGCACUGUCUGUCUCCCUACACGCGCUUACGCAAGAUUGUACGGAAGAAGACCUACCUGCUGUGGCCCGAGGAGCCACAAGAGCGGGAUGCCUUCUGGGUCAGACUUAUAGAUGCUUUGAAGGAUAGAGAAGAGGAGGAGGAGGAGGGAGGAAGAGGAGGAGAAGAGGAAUUCACAAGGCUCAUUGGCUAG